AUGAAUCAGAGAUCUUGGUGGUUGUCUCAUCAUGCUAUUUCAAGAGUAGCAAAUAUUUUUACAUCACUUUAAUAUAACUAUAAUAAUAAAUCUGUCAUGAGCCGUAUCAUCAGAGUCGUUAAGACUGGGGCGGCAUAUAUAUCUUCAUUAAUUCAUACUUUUCAAUAUUGUUCAGACAAAUGCCUCAAAUAAUCAUUGAUGCAGGAACAAUAGAUGGAUGUCUAUCGAUUCCUUCAUACUCGUCAUCGUUUCAUCAUUAUAUAAUAUUUAUAUCCAUUAUUAGUUUAACUAUGA